UAUUAUUAUUCAAAUUAAUUCUGACUAUUAAUCGCAACAGUUGAAAGAUAUAUUAAAAUUACCACAAUACAAUUAUUAGAUUCAGAUUUGAAUAAGAUCUUAGUGUAUUUAUAGUAAUCUAUGACUAAAGUGCACUUGUAAUUACAACGAUUCUAUGUCAUUCAUAAUUAACACAUGGUCCAAGAAAGAUAUAACCUAUUUUUUAACGACCAACAACAUUAAAUUGAAGUGCAUGAGUUGCCACUUAACACGUCGUUUGUCGAAAUUAUGAACACGUUUGUGUAAUAUCUCUACGUAGUUGCCGUGUGCCGCUUUAGAAUAUUCAAGUGUUUGACACAAAACACGACAAACAUUAAACACGUACUAAAUAGGCGGCUACAAAUGUCUCGAGUUUACCAUUAGUAGGAGGAAGUUGCCAAAAUUUGCAUUUUCUGUGAAAAUGAUCCCAUUUGUUACUGAAGAGCACAAGUUUUGAAGUUGAAAACACAUUAUCCUGCACCGCAUCCAUUGGACAUAUAAAUGAACAACCGAUGGUUGUACAGAUAAAACUGGACACACGUGUUAUAAAUUACACAGGUGGAGUAACAUUGUUGAGAGAGUUUUGAAAUGGCGGCAACUACCUUGUCAAAACAAUUAUACUUUUUGCAAUACUGUACUUGUCAACUCUUAAACUUUACUUAAAAUGCAUCAUAAUAAAAUCAAGAGAUUUGUAAGAAGAAUAUUUAUAAAAUAAUUUACUAAGAAAAAACCCAGCACAUGAGGUCGCGGCACAGUGGUGACUUAGCAUAGUUGGGUCAAGUAUAAUGAUAUCUGACAGUGAUUAAAAUCACUAUCAUAAAAGACGCUUCGAUGCAAAUCUGUAGAUUGUGUUUAAUUUUAAAAAAUUGGUGGAUUAUUCCAAAAGCUACAUGAUCUGAUAUUUCCUUAUUAAUAUUCUGAUUAUAAGUGUAUAUGAAUAUACUUAUAGAGAGAAAUGGUGUUAUUUAAAAAAAAAGUAUGUCGAAUGAAAGAGGGAUAUAAAUAUUAUUUCUCACAAAAAAAUUGUAUUGAUCCAUACACUUUUCAAUAAGUUAUAGCAUUAUAAAGUUAAAAAUGUAAAAAAUAAAAUUGAGAAUUUUCACACAAAAAUAGCAUUCCGUAGCCAUUUUCACCUUGAAGACGAAAUAAUGUCCGAAAUUUUUAUUCUAUGAUAAAGUAUAUUACAUUAGCUUUAAUUUAAGAUAUAUAUAAAAGUGCCAGUCUUUCCGUAACAUUUUCAAAAUUUAAGUUGAAAAAGUUAAUUUUUUGUAAAAAAGUUGUCAUUUUAAAUCCCCCCCGUGGGCUGGUGAAAGGUCAGAUUUAUAAAAAAAAUAUACCAAAUGAUAGGUAAAGACAUCAUGCAUCUAUAAAAAUAAAAGUAUAUUGAUUUGUUAAUUUUUGAAAAAGUUUUAAGUAAAAAUGUCGAAAAUUAGCGAUUAUUAAAUUUGUAAUUUUUUUGGUGAUUUCCUCCAUUUACGGGGAACGAGGGAACUUUUUUCAUUUUUCAAAGGUAAUGUCCUCGACUAGAUACGAUUUUCGAUCUUUUAACGUAUCGUUGAAAGAAAUCGGUUCAGUGAGAGCUGAGAAAAAGUGGUAAAAGACACAAAAAAAAAAAAUAAUAAAAAAAACACAUCAUAGUAAAAUUAAUAUCUUCUCAGCAUCGAAGCUAAAAAUGAUUAAUUAUCAUUAAUAUAAUAUACCAAAAAUGUUCAUUAAAAUAUUGAUUUUUUACAACUGAUAAUUACAAAAGUGGUUUGUAAACACUUAGAUAAUAUAUAAAAAUAAGUUUGUAUUGAAGAUAAACUACAUAUUAAAGCACGCGUUAAUUAAUAAAAAUAGUAUUGUUUAGUUACCUUGGUAAAUGAAAUAUUAUUAGAAAACAUUGUAUAUGCAAAUAUUUUAACAGACAGUGGAUCAAAUGAUUAACAAAAAAUUACUAUAUUUAUGAGUUGUAGUUGAGAUAUUUCAUUAUGUUUACAUUUGAAUUUAAAGUAAAAAAUUCAUCAGUUCACAACUAUGCAUUGGUUCUUAAUGGAAUAUGUUUUGUACUAGCGUGUAUUGGUUACAUUAGUAUAUUGCAAAUAUUCGGUAGUAUUUAUGCAGCAGCUUCGCUUUUUUUGAAAAACGUUUCUCAAACAAAAUAUGCAUUGGCUAUUGCAUCUGUGGGAUGCUGUGUUGACUUUUUCAGUCUAUUUAUACAAACCCAUAAUUCUGAAUGGUUCUAUUUAAGAUGCUUGUACUCAAUAAUACAUUUUCUUGCGUUUAUUUCUGAAAUCGCGUGGUUGUUGUUUAUGUAUAUCCAUACCAUUCAAGAUGAAUACAAAAAACAUGAAUUGUCUGAGAGUUUUAAGGAUAAUGUUGAAGAAAGACUGUCUAUAAAAUCGAAUAAUUCACAAAAGAAGAGCAAAAUAGCGAAACCAAAAUUAGAUAGUGUUCCAACACCGAGUGAUGAACAAGAAUUAGCAUAUAAUCCGAUUCAUGAUCAAACUGAAAUUGUUAAUAGUUCAAUAAAAAAUGUGGCAACUAAAGAAGAAAUAUUUGUACCCAAUAACAACAUUUAAUGUGCGACAAUGUAAGAUUCUAUGAACAAUAAUGAACUAGGCUGUUUUUAAAAAUUUUGAUACCUCUAAUUUAUGCCCUCAUCCACCAAUUAGCAACAUUAAUACUACACUAAUUAUUUAAUCUAUUAUCGAGAUUUUUUAAUAUUUCCUAUAUAUUUUAUGCUUAUAAUAUGUAAUUAUCAAUAACUAAAAAUUGUUAAAUAAUUAAAAAUAAUAAAAAUCUUUUUUCAAACUGCAAAUUAAUAUAAU